AUGUUGGAAAUCUUCAGUCUAGUUAGUUUGCAGGAGCAGGGCAUGGAUGGAUAUACAGCUUCCAUAAGAGAUUAUGACCCAAAUUCUCAAGACCAGACUUGGUUGGACAACGAGCCUCGGGGCCAGCAGCCACAGCCCAUUUACGUCAAUAACAGCAUCAUUAACAACAACAACAACAACAGUCAGGCUAAAGGCACUGGCAACUCAGCUGCAUUAUCUGCCUUUCCGGGGGGUUUCGAACACCAUCCACCUGUCGGCAGAGCCUCAAAUUAUUAG